GCAGCAAUGCGCCAUUGCCGCGUCUAGUCUGCCUAAUUCAAGGAAGAAGAAGAACAACAACAACAAGACGGAAGCAGUGCAGCGGAAAAGCGUCUGUUAAAUUUCUGUCCACAGGUGUUUCUGUGUCCGCGGUCAGUGUUAUCGGAAUGGCGUCGGUCCCGGUGUAGUGACCUGCCGCGGAACCAGCUGAUAGACCGGACCGCAGUCUGGAGAGGAACAACAUGGCCGACGAAGCUGCUUUCCAGUUUUUACACAACGAAGUGAUACAGUACAUUUACAAGUCAGCUGAGAGCGGAGAGACGGACAAUGGGAGACAUAUCGCCAAACUGGAAAAUAUGGGAUUCAGGGUCGGCCAGGGGCUAAUAGAGAGACUAACAAAAGACACCGCACGUUUCAAAGAUGAGCUGGACAUCAUGAAGUUUGUCUGCAAAGACUUCUGGACCUGUGUUUUCAAGAAACAGAUCGACAACCUCCGGACCAAUCACCAGGGCAUCUAUGUUCUACAGGACAACAAGUUCCGCCUGCUGAGUCAGCUGUCCGCUGGGAAACAGUAUCUGGAACAAGCCCCAAAGUAUCUGUCCUUCUCCUGUGGUCUGGUGAGAGGAGCGCUGUCCAGCCUGGGGGUGAAGAGUAUCGUGACUGCUGAGGUGUCCAUCAUGCCUGCGUGUAAGACAUGCAUCACUCGUCUAUCAUCCAAUCAGAGACAAGAAAAGUGGCUGUAACGUUAAUGGACAAUUGUGCAGAUUCAAUUUCCGUCCACUAAAGGUAAAUUCCAGAUCAUGAUCCAGAAAAUGUAGCCACUAGCUUAGCCACACUAACUCUGCACUCUUCUGCCUUCAUAUGUUCUUGCAUUUUUGUCAUUAAAGGGAAAUGCCUCCAUUUUUCAUCAUUAACAUAUUCUCCUAUUAACUUUAAAUUGCAGUUACAAUUUCAUUUAUGAUUGGCAAAAGUGAGAUUAGACUUCCAGUCUUUAGAGGAGGAGAUUCACACACUGUCAUGAAUAACCCUUUCAAUGCCAUGAUGAAGAUUUCUGAGAAUGAUUUUAUGUUAUCUCUUUUAUAUAAAGUCUGAGUCAUUAAAUGAAUGUGUAAGUAUUCUCAUUAUGGAAGGUCUGUGGCACCCUCUGGUGGCAGAGGUAAAAUGUCAGUUUGAAAUGAUACUAAGUGUUAAUCCAUUUUAAUAAAUGAUCAAAUGUAUUAAAGUAUCACUAAGUUGGUUUGGAUUCAUUGUACCUGUCCUCAAAAAACCUGACUGUUUUUCACAGAUGAGGGGAAAUUAUCCUGGCAAAAUGUGUUUUUUCCACAUGGUAAAACUUCUUUUUUUUUUGUAUUUACUGCUAGUGUCUGUACUCCCAUUUUACUUCUAUUUUAUACACUUAACUAUACAAUGUGGAAAUGCGAUCUGGCUGUGCCGGAUCUCCUCUGAAUGUGCAUCUAUUCACUCUCACAGACAUAAAUUAGAAGACAGCCAGGUGCAAUUUUUUAACAUUUUUUAUUUGAGUUAUGUCACUACUCUAUCUAUAAAGGUUGACUGUAACUUUAUUUCCACAAUCUUUUGCCUUGUGCCUGUUUGCAUACAAGUAAUAAAACUCAGAAAGAA